AUGCGCUCCCAAGAUCAUCUCUCCAUUUUGAUUCUGCCACUUCUCUUUGGCUCAGCUGCUCAUGCAUCAGGGGCUACUAGUGUCUUCAUCAAUCAAGUCGUUGAGUAUGCUAAUCUCUCACCAUGUGCUGCACAACCAGUCAGCACCAUCGUGCGUGAUAUGGAAAAUGGCUGUGGCGAUGGUGGAAAGACAACAUCUUUAUCUUGCUUUUGUUUCCAAAGUUCGGCGCACUUCGCAAGCGUUAUUUCCAAGUCCGUGGCCUUGAACUGCAACGAGUCCGACAGCCAAGUCACCACUGCGCUCGAUGUUUUCGACGAGUACUGCUCAUUGGGCACUGAAUACUUCAAGACGGCUACUCCGACUUCUGCAUCAGCCAACGCGACGAGUACGGCGACGAGUCAAGCGACGACUACAACGGCGGCUUUAGCCACUCCAGCUGCAGUGGCUUCUAGCAGCGACGCAACGAGUACUACAGCAAUUUUAGCUACUACAGCUGCAGCGGCGUCCGGCAGCGACGCAACGAAAGGCACCUUGAGUUCUUCAUCUUCUAAAUCCAAAACAGCUGCAAUAGCAGCCGGAGUCGCUGUGCCACUAGGGGUUAUCCUCAUUUCACUUGGAAUAUUCUUUCUCUGGCGUCGGCAACAACAAAGGUCUAUGACGAGGAUAGACAGUACAAACGAUCCAAGGGCAGGUCAUCUGGCGAAUGGAAAUGAUGACUCUUACAAGCUAGGUGCUACCCCUAUAAAAAAGGGAGUAGACGUGGAGCUCGAAGAAAACCUUCCACAAUUGUGGGAACAUGACGGAAGAGAGCUUUGUGAGCUGGAGGCUUGGGAGAAGCCUGCCGAGCUACCUGCCAAAUCAAGCUGA